AUGGGUCUCUCCCCAACGUCGAGAAAAGUGCUGCGCCAGCAAGAAAACGACGAUGCCCCACGGGAGAUCGCCGCGCCCAUGACCUCGCGCGAGUUCUGGUCAUCCACGACCGCCUGGAAGCGCGCUUCCGUCAACACCCUCCGCUGCCUCGUCGGGUGCACAAUGGGCGACUUCACCGCCAUGUGGUUCCUGCAAGCGUUUUAUCCUAGUCUCGGCAUGAGUGCCAUUAUGGCUGUUUCAAUGGCAAGCGGCCUCGCAACAUCCAUGGCCUUCGAGACAACCCUCCUCCGCUACUCCCGCGACCGCCUCUCCUGGCCCGUCGCCGCCAAGACCGCGGCCGGCAUGAGCUUCAUCUCCAUGCUCACCAUGGAAACGGUGCAGAACCUCACCGACUACCACCUUACCGGCGGCGUGGUCGAUGUUACCGCGCCCAGCUUUUGGGCCGCCGCGGCCGUGUCCAUGGCCGCGGGGUACUUGGCUCCGCUACCCUACAACUAUGUGAGGCUGCGCAAGUACGGAAAGGCGUGCCAUUGA